GAGGCCUGUUUCUCCACUAAGAAAGCCGUCAACAAACACAUAGAGCUAGACCCUUUACAUACUUCACUGCGAAGGAAAACUGGAAGUCAGGUAACCCAGCUCAGUGGAUACCAGAGUUUAAAUACCAGGUGAGAAAACACAACGGCUCUUCAUCGGAGGCUGCACUGAUGAUGUUCCCCAGCAGGGUAAUGAAACAUCUGUGGAACAACGAACCAGCCAACCAAUCACAAGGGGUUACCCAGUUCGGACAGAAAUGAGAAGGAAUUUCUUCUAAGGGUAGUGAAUCCGUGGAAUGCUUUGUUGCAGAGGGCUGGGUCACGAAAGGAAGUUCGAGGCUGAGACAGACAGAUUUUUAAUAAGCAAGUUAAUCGAAGGUUAUAGGGAAAAGGCAGUUGAGGGUGAUCUGCUCAGUUCGCUGAAUGAUGAAGCCAGCUUGAUGGACUGAAUGGCCUCCCUACGUCUUAUGGUGUUCUAGCUUCUUGCUCAUCCCUGCUGUUGUCUGUGAGACAUUGGCACACCCUCAGUACUCUUUGGGAAGGAAGUUCCGGGAUUUUGACACAGCAACACUGAGGGAAUGAUUGGGGAUGGCGUGUGCCUCAGACAGGAACUUGCCAAGGUGGGUGGUGUUCCCAUGUAUUGGCUGCCUGUGUCCUUCUGGAUGGUAGAGUUCAGCAUUGAUUAACGUGUGGUGUUUGGUGCAGGUUUGUCCCUGGAUCGUUGGUGGGUGUUAAUGAGCACAAUGAAGGCUGAGGAAGUCUUUUGUCAGUUUCUCUCUUUGACACGUUGGGUUCCCAGAUGGUGAAAAGGGAUGUGGAAAAACACUCACCCUGUGUAAUGCAGUCCAUUACUGCGCCAGGCAGGACUGGUUAAUCAUCCACAUCCCAGAUGCUUAUCUGUGGGUGAAGAAUUGCAAAGAGCUGAUGCAGUCGUCUUACAAGCAGGCUCGCUUUGACCAGCCCAUGGAGGCUUCGACGUGGCUCAGGAACUUUAAGAUUACCAAUGAGCGGUUCUUAAAGCAGUUAAAAACGCAGCAGAGGUACACCUGGAGUAAGCGGGAGGCGACUGAGGAAGGAAGACCUUUGGGUGAAGUGGUGGACCAGGGUUUAACACGAGUGAAAAAUGCCAGUGAUGCAGUGGGUGUGCUGUUUAAAGAGCUGAAGGCACAGUGCUUACCCGACACACAUCGGAUGUUGGUAGCGAUCGAUGGAGUCAACGCUCUCUGGGGCCCAACCACAAUGAAGAAAGAGGACAGGAGCCAGGUACGUGCAGGCGAGCUCACUCUGAUCCACAAUCUGAGGAAGUUGGUAAAGAAUGACUGGUCUGGCGGGGCAGUGAUUACAACGCUGACGCAGACUGGAGCACUGGGAAGUGCAGACUUAUCCUACCUGCCCCAUCAGCUACUGAAGAAGGAAGGUUUUGAUGCUAUGGAUCCCUUUGUCCCAGUUGAAGUGAAGAACUACAGUCAGAAGGAGUUUGAGAGUUGCUAUCAAUAUUACAUUGACCGCAAGUGGAUUCAGCACGAGAAUGCUCAUACAGAAGAAGGGAAGAAGGAACUGAUCUUCCUCUGCAACUACAACCCGGGCACCUUCGAGAGGAUCUGCAGCUCCCUCUGAGGCCUCUCCUUCCCCCGCUCACAUCUGAAGCGCCGCCCCCUGUGACGAGGGGACAGACUUUUUCGGCAACGUCUGGGUCUCAGGUUCACGUUCUCCUUGUCCUCCUCUCCAACCCCGCACUCACCCUCUAACCCUGUCUGUACCGUCGGCCUGUGGCACUCCCACUGGCCUGUUUACCCAGACGUUCCACCACUGAGUUAUCAAACUGCUGUUGGCAGCUAAAGUCUGCUUCAUCAUUUAUGUCUACACGUGACUUGUUCAGCUUGAGAACCCCAAUUACUCCCUGUCCAAACCUUUCUCUGAUUUGGAAGCCGGGAUAUCCAAAUGCUGGGGCUGCUGGCCUCAAGGAAAAGUCCUUACUCUUCACUGAUACUGUCCAUCCAGUUUCUGAUUUCUCUUGUGUUAGUAUUUUUGAACACAGAAAUCCCAUAUAGACUCACUUGGGAUCAGCUUCGACUGUGGACUCCUGGCCCCCGCCCCCCCGCUUACAACUGGAGCAUCAUGUUCAAGUCAUUUGCAAUGUAGUUUGCAGUCUGUUCGAUGUAAUAUCAUUGCAUAUACACCAUUCACCUCCAUUUGCAGAUAUUUCAAUUCACAAUUAAAGUGGUACUCAAUGUUUUUAUUUCUGAA